AUGAAGAAGAGUUUCUCUGAAUUUUACCAGAAAUGGAUUUUGAAGUUAGAGGAAAUUCAUCAACAGCUUCUGAAAGUAUCAAAAAGAGAGAUGCUUAUGAAUGAGCAAGAGCUUCAAGGACUUGUUUCAAAAGUCACGACUCAUUUGAAAGAAUACUACACUGUGAAAUGGAGUGCAGCACAUGAAGAUGUUGCGGUUUUCUUUUCACCAACAUGGGUUACUCCAUUGGAAAACUCUCACCUCUGGAUAACCGGGUGGAAACCGUCUACAAUCUUUCGCAUACUCGAGAAGUUCAACAUGACGGACGAACAGAAGAAGAAGAUAGAGGGACUGAGAAUGAAGACAAAGAUGGAGGAAGAGAAAGUGGAGGGAGAGAUGGAGAGACAGCAAGUGGCUAUGGCAGAUUUGAAGAUGGUGAAGCUGGCGAAAAUCUCAUGCAGAGGUAGGAAAGAUGAUGCAAGAGUUGAUGGGUUGGUUGAUGUGGCUUUGAAAGGAGUUUUUGGUGGUUUGGAGAAAGUAAUGAAAAGUGCUGAUUGUGUUAGACUUAAGACACUUAAAGGAGUUUUGGAUGUUCUUAGUCCAAUUCAGUGUGUUGAUUUUUUGGCUGCACAUAUUGGUAUGCAGUUGAGGUUAAGGCAAUUUGGGAUGAACAAGAUCAUUCACAAGAAUCCAUAA